AUUUGUGGAAAUCACAACAAUAUUUGAUGGGCCUUACAUAUUUAUGCAGAAAAAUUUUAAGCGAGACAAAUUGGAAACCGUUGGAGAAAGUACAUUUUCUUAUUAUUCUGCCCAACGUCCCCACCAAGUCCGCAGUCACUGCACUCCAAUACAUAUAAAACCUGUCCCCCUUCACGAUACACAUUCCUAGUCUACCUCUACCUUCUCUACAUACCUUCUCUGCUGGAGAACCGGUUACUAGCGCGUCACUAAUCCCAAAUAAUAAUCCCUUUCUUCUUCUCCACCACCUUGUUAAGUACAAUUUUGGUUAUAUAGAAAUAUUCACAAAUAAUAAGGGACUCGACAACCAUCAUGCAAACAUAUUGGGUACAACAUUUCUUGCCCAAUUCUUCACCUUCUUGCAAACGUUAAAAGCUGAAGAGUCGUCGAGCAAAAAAAUAAAGUUGGCUGGGUUUUGCUCCAUUCCUCAACACUGUAAGUCCUUUGUCUGGAUAUGUAUACACAGACAGAUGGGCCGUACAUAAAGGGUGUGCCAGAUUUUGUGAUAAUUUUGACUCCAAUCUCCUUCAUGUGAUAUAUGCAUAUCACCCAUGUUAACCACUACUUAAUAUUGGAAGGAUGUGAAUAUAUAUAACUCGCGUAAAAUUGAUUACGUCCUUUUUGCACAGCUCCCACAGAGAGUAAUAAAAUAUCAUUUUUCACAAUAGCAAGGAUGCGAGUGAUUAAGGAGUUCGUCCUGCAGAGAAGUACAUAUGUACAUACCUGCCAGUGAAAAGAUGAUCUAUCAUCGUCAACAUUGUCAAGACCAAGAAUUUUAUUAAUUAUCUGCAGUGCUGAUUUGGUCGUCAAGCAGGAAUGGUGCAAUGUUAGAAUGUGUGCGGAUUUUUGCGAACAUGUGCAUUUCUGCAUACAUGUGAAGUGAAACAUUUUAGUGAAACGUUUCCUCGACUGUUUAUAAAAUUUGUGACAAAGCUUCAGAAAUAUAGCAUAAAAUUUGAAAGAAAUAUACCCUUAACAAUUCAUCAUGAAGGGCAAAUGCAAAUGGAAAGCCGCAAUUUUAGUCCUUAUCGCAGUCGGACUUUUAAAAGAGUUCCGGCCCUCGGGACCGUUCCUCGUCGAUUAUGCCGUCGACCAUAAAAACUUCACGGGAGAACAGAUGAUCCACGAAGUCCUUCCGGCCACGACGGGGUCUUACAUCGUGUCCCUCGUCCUGCUCCUCAUGGUGACGGACGCCCUCUACUACAAACCCAUCAUCGUGGCCGGUGGGGUGUACAAUAUCCUCACGUGGGCCAUCACAAUCUGGAAGUUCAACAGCGUGAAUACGGCACGGAUCCGCCAAAUUUUCUACGGUCUUUCCGUCACCACCACGGAGGUCGCAUACUUCACCUACAUGUACGCCAACAUUGAGAAAUGUGCCUACAAAAAAGUGACAUCCUACACCCAUUCGGCCGUGCAUUUUGGCCAAUUCGUUUCCGGGAUGACUGGCCAACUUCUCAUCUCCUUCAACCUAAUGAACUUUGAGGAGCUCAACUAUCUCAGUUUGGCCGGCGGGGUGGGUGCUCUCUUCUUCGCGCUCUUUCUCCCACGCGUCCUGCGGGACGUAGAGGAAGAGAAAGCGCUCAAAAAUGCGGACGCAAACGAUGUGGAAGAACCAAUGAAGAAAGAUGAAAAAGAGGCUGAGAAAGAUGGAAAAGAACAAUCACCUUCCCCCAUUCCGGCCGGACUCGAUUACACAAGAAACAUCGGAAAAGAAAAGCAACCCUCACGUCUGCAACGGUGGCGCGAGGCCCCCGCCCACUGGAAGAACAAUAUCCUUUACACCUACACAAACCGCGACAUUGUCAAGUGGUCGGUUUGGUGGGCCAUGUCGUACGGACUCUACAUCCAGGUCGAUCUCUACGUGGAAGGACUUUGGAAAGAGAUUGAGCACCACAGCCAUCAAAACGUGUACAACGGAGCGGUCCACGCGUCUCACGCAAUUAUCAGUGUCGGUCUUGGUCUGAUUGUUGGGCGAACAAAAAUGUGUUGGAUUAAGUGGGGCUGUCUCGUCUUCGGCGUGUCCACCGUCCUUCAAGGCGUGGCUUUGUUCGUCAUGGCGAAAACGCACGACUUGUACGUCGCCUACGGGAUGUUCAUCCUGUUUCAGACCAUGUUCCAGGUUUUGGUCAUUAUUGCAAAAUCUCAAGUCGCAGAAUCCGUCCGGGAGAAAACUGAGGCCUUCAUCUUCGGCAUGAAUACACUAACGGCGUGCAUCAUCCAUCUCUUGCUGACCAUGGCGGUCACCUCUCGGCACGGAUUCCACCUUCCGAUUCGCGAUCAGUACAUCGUAUACGGCGUAUACGCCGUCCUCCUCGGCGUCGGAUUCGGUUGCUGCGACCUUCCGAGAAAAUUAGCAGGCAAAACGAGAAGUUGGAGUGUCGAUGUGCGAAAUAAUUUGCGAAAAAGAAGCCCCAAAGUCCGGGGAGAAAACGAUAAAAACGACAAAGAUGACGAGAAGGAAUUGGAGACAAUUUCAGCAAGCAUGCCAUAUUCCAUUCCGAGAGAGCACUGACAUCAAAUUUGCGAAGAGCACAUAUUCGCGAAUAUUUUUAAAUACCGUGGCCCUGAAUAUGUAGUAAAUAGUUCGCCAAGUGUUUUACAAAAUACAGAUAAAUAUUGACAAAGCUUGCAAUGAUUUAUGCAAAAAUGUAUCAGCAUUUAUUGAUAACUGGAUGUCAAGUUGACUAAGAAAUUUGCAAAAUUUCUUGAUAUUAAAUGAUGUUAAGCUAUUACAUAUAAAGGAACUAAAAUACUCUUGUAAUCAUGACAUAUUUAAAACCAAAACGCGUUUGCCAAUCUUAUGUGGAAUAAAUGUGUAUCUUAUGCAACCAAUAUGUUUGCGUUUUGUUCACGAUUUUUUUUCUUAGCCAAUUGACAAAAAUUAAUAUAUACGUGCAUAGACCUGCGAGUUUGCAGGUUUUAAUUUUUGAGAAACUAUUCCUUUGUUUAGUUUAGUGUUCCGAAGGUUUUAAUUUUUCUGAAAAUCGCAAACUUAAUAUUGGUUAAAAGGUACACAGAAGUCGUGCAAA